AUGGAGGAACACAUCACUCAAGCGAUUGCAGUGUUGGUGACGAAGGUGGAGAGGGUCGACAAUCUCUGCAAGCAGCUUAAGCAGAUCGACCUCAAGCUUGAAACUCAAGGGAAGCGGCUGGAUUCGGUCCAAAGCAAGGUGGAUUUGUCCAUGUCUUCUCUCGGGCAAGUUCAGCAUGAGCAAGCUCAGGUCGCGCGGGCUCUCAAGGCGGUGACGUCUGCUUCUUCGUCACCAACUCCACCGCCGACUCCACCUCUGCCGUCGCAACCGCCUCCACUUCUUCCUCCACCUCCGAAGCCGCCUACUAAGGAUGGGGCCUCUUCUUCAUCUUCGGCGCCACCGUCCCCUACCCAUGUGCACUCUGCACCGUCUCAUCAGGGCUCUGUUUUGGUGUCUCAGUUUAUUCGGGGUCUUAAAGAGGAAUUGAGAUAUAAUGUACAUGCUCAGCAACCUGUCAUAGUCACUCAAGCUUAUAUGGCAGCCCUGGCUUUUGAAGGUGCUCAACAGUUAAAUAAAUCCUUUGUCAAGAAGGAUACUGGGGUUGGUAAAUUUGGGGAUAAAGGGAAAUCUACUCUGAGGGAAUUGUGGAAAGCUCAACAACUGAAGGAUUAUCGUCGUGCCAAUGGUUUAUGUUUCAAAUGUGGUGAGAAGUAUAGUCCUACUCAUGUGUGUGGCAAAGUUGAAGGGGUUCAGUUGAAGGCCAUGGAAUUGACUGACACUACUGAAAUUCUUGAUGAUAGUGUGCUGGAUGCUCUUACCAACCUGGAUACUCCUCCUGAUGAUGGUAUGUUACUAUCUGUCCAGGCUUUGGCUGGUACCAGUUCUGCUAAUUCUUUGCAGUUGAGAGCUUUGGUGGGAAAUCAGGUGGUGUUAAUCUUGGUUGAUUCGGGCAGUUCUCACAGUUUUAUCAAUGCAGAUCUCUGUCAUCGUUUGCAGCUGCCUUUGGUAUCCUGUGAUCCUGCCACCGUGAAAAUUGCUGAUGGCACUCUGCUCACCUGUUCUGCUCAAGUUCCUGCAUUUACUUGGUGGAUACAGGGUUACACUUUUGUCUCUUCUAUGAAGGUCUUGGAUCUGGGAGGUUAUGAUGCAGUGUUGGGGAUGGAUUGGCUGUCUCAGUAUAGCCCUAUGCAGUGUAAUUGGGCUGAGAAGUGUCUCUCUUUUGCUUAUCAGGCACAAACGGUUAAGUUGCAAGGUAUUGUCUCUCACUCCCUUCAGCAACUCACUGCUGUUACUUCUGAUAAACCGUGUAAGUGGCAAGCUGGUAAUGAUAUUUGGGCCUUGGCUGUGGUUGAAACUGUUCCUGCACCUUCAUCUGUUUCUCCACUGCCACCUGCUGUCACCAAGUUACUUCAUCAGUAUGAUCAGAUUUUUCAGACCCCUUCUUCUCUACCUCCCCAGAGACAAUUUGAUCAUUCUAUCCCUUUACUGUCUGGAGUUUCCCCAGUUAACAUUCGCCCUUAUAGAUACUCACCUGCCCAGAAGGAUGAGAUUGAGAGGCAGGUCACUGAGAUGUUGGCCUCAGGAUUGAUUGUUCACAGCUGUAGUCCAUUUGCUUCUCCAGUUUUGUUAGUUAAAAAGAAGGACAAUACUUGGAGGUUUUGUGUGGAUUAUAGAAGGCUUAAUUCUUUGACAGUAAAGAACAAGUUUCCCCUUCCUAUUGUGGAUGAGUUACUAGAUGAACUUGCUGGCACCAAAUUUUUCUCUAAACUGGAUCUUCGCAGUGGCUACCACCAAAUUCGUAUGAAAGAAGGGGAUGAAGAGAAGACUGCAUUCAAAACACACCAUGGGCAUUUUCACUUUAAGGUGAUGCCCUUUGGCUUAACUAAUGCACCAACCACCUUUCAAUGUUUGAUGAAUUCCAUCUUUGCUCCUUAUUUGAGGAAAUUUGUGCUCGUUUUUAUGGAUGAUAUAUUGGUUUAUAGCCCUGAUUUAGACUCUCAUGUCCACCAUAUGGAAUUAGUGUUGCAAUUGCUCCAACAACAUCAGUUAUACGCUAAGUUGAGUAAAUGCUCUUUUGCUGCCACAUCUUUGGAAUAUUUGGGCCAUAUCAUUUCAGCAGAAGGGGUUGCUACUGAUCCGGACAAAACUAAGAUCAUGCAGUAGUGGCCCACUCCUACUAACACCACUGAGUUGAGAGGUUUUUUGGGAUUAACUGGCUAUUAUCGCAAGUUUGUGCAGCACUAUGGCAUUAUAGCAAAACCUCUCACCUUGCUCUUACAUAAGCAUGUGAAGUAUGAAUGGUCUGCUGCAGCUGAAGCAGCUUUCCAACAGUUGAAGGCUGCCAUGUGUACAACUCCUGUACUGGCUCUCCCUGAUUUUUCUCGGCCUUUUUUUGUUGGAAAUAGAUGCUUGUGCCACUGGUAUUGGGGCUGUGUUGUCUCAAGAUGGACAUCCUAUUGCUUUUUAUAGCAAGGCUUUGGGUAUUCAAAAUCAGAAGCUCUCUAUCUAUGAGAAGGAAUUUUUAGCCAUUAUGAUGGUAAUUGAUAAGUGGCGCUCUUAUUUGAUCCGGGGUCCAUUCACUAUUAAAAUUGAUCACCAGUCCCUUUGUCAUUUGGAUGAUCAAGUAUUGGGGAGUGAAUUACAAAAGAAAGCCAUGACUAAAUUGAUUGGUCUUCAAUAUAAGUUUCAGUACAAGAAGGGGGUUGAUAAUAAGUUAGCUGAUGCAUUGUCUCGGGUGGGGCAUUUCUUUGCUGUGCAAUCUGUUUCAGUGACUCAACCUCAGUGGGUUCAGGAGGUCAUUAACUCCUAUGUGGUGGAUCCUGCAGCUCAGCAACUCUUGACUGAAUUAGCAGUUGUCAAUCCUAAUGCUAAAGGAUUUUCCUUGUCCAAUGGUCUCAUUAAGAAAGAGGGCAGAAUAUGGGUUGGGGCUAAUUCGGGGUUGCAGACCAAAUUGAUUACAACCUUUCAUUCUUCUCCAGUAGGGGGACAUUCCGGGAUUCAGGCUACUUAUCAGCGUUUGAAGAAACUUUUUCUUUGGCCUGGUAUGAAAACUGCCGUGGCGGAAUUUGUGCAACAAUGUGCCACUUGUCAGGCUGCUAAACAUGAGCAUUGCAAGUACCCUGGACUAUUGCAACCGUUGCCUAUUCUUGCUGGGGCUUGGCAGGAUAUUUCGAUGGAUUUCAUCGAAGGUUUACCUCUCUCUAAGGGCAAGAAUACCAUUUUGGUCGUGGUCGAUCAUUUCACUAAGUAUGCUCACUUUCUACCACUGAAACAUCCAUUUUCGGCUCUUCAAGUGGCUGAAGUCUUCCUGGAUCAGGUGGCAAAGUUGUAUGGGAUGUCCAAGUCAAUUGUCUCUGAUCGUGAUCGAGUGUUUACUAGUAACUUUUGGAAGACACUGUUUGGCAGAUUUCAUAUUCCUCUUAAUUUGAGCACUACCUAUCACCCUCAAUCUGAUGGACAAACUGAGCGUGUUAAUCAAUGUCUCGAGAUGUAUCUCAGGUGUGCAGUUUCUAACACUCCUAGCAAGUGGGCAGUCUGGCUUCCUUUGGCACAAUUUUGGUACAACACUUGUUUUCACACAUCUCUACAGUGUUCACCUCAUAAAGCCUUAUAUGGUGCUGAUCCUUCUUAUGGAUUGUUGCCGUCUUUAUCUGAGGGAGAUUCUGAAGGUCAAUCGGCUGAUGCUGCUGAAAUACUCAAAACACGCACCUUCUAUUCUAGCAUUCUUCAGCAUCAUUUAGCCCGUGCUCAGAAUCAUAUGAAGCAAAUUGCUGAUUCUAAACGCACUUUUCGCACUUUUGCUGUGGGGGAUUCUGUUUAUCUGAAGCUACAACCAUACGCUCAACAUUCGGUGGUGAAUCGUCCUUGCCACAAAUUGGCUAUGAAGUAUUUUGGUCCCUUUGUGAUCUUGGAGCGUAUUGGGUCAGUUGCUUAUCGUCUGGAAUUACCGGAGGCAAGUCAGGUGCACCCAGUGUUUCAUGUGUCCCAGCUUAAGCAAUUUGUUCCUUCGUCAGUCCCUGUCUUUUCGGAGCUACCGGACAUUGUGGCGCUGGAUGAGGUGGAGCUGCUUCCUACUGCGAUUUUGGACCGGCAAAUGGUUAAGAAAGGGAAUGCAGCUGUGGUGCAAGUCAAGGUUCUUUGGGGUACUUUGCAAGAUCACUUUGCUACGUGGGAGGAUUAUGAAGUUCUUUGCACCAGAUUUCCUUUGGCGCCGGCUUGGGGACAAGCCUGUGCUCCAGCGGGCGGCAAUGUCAUAUCACAGGCUAUGACAACGGACGAGGAACAGGAGAAGGAAGCGUAAUCACGCUGAGGUGUUUUUGUGUAAAGAAAGCGACUUAAGUAAAUGUGUAGUGUGAGUUCAGUGUGUGGCCGUGAGGGCGGAAACGCGAAGGAGUAGUAUAUAAUCCCCGUGAACUGUAGUUGGAAAACAAGUCUGAAGAAAUGAAAUCAAAACCUCUCCCCAAA